AUGGGCUUCCAGGAUGCGAUUGGAGACUCAGAUGUCAUCGAUGGACUUAGUAUCAAGUUUCUCGAACUCUUAGGAAUGUGGAAAGCCAUCAACGGAUAUAGGACCACAGGGAAGAGGGACAUUUCUACCAAAAUCCACAUGAUAGUGUACACUGAUGAACUCAGGAGUGUUUACAACCCAAUGGUGACAAUAACACUUGGAAUAGGUGUCAUCGUUUUGAUCUUCACAGCUGUACAGAUUAUGCUUGGAAGCGAUCCCAGUGUCAUAUUUCAAACUGCUCAGGUGUUUUCAUUAGUAUUUAUUGAAGUAUCUGUGUUCUGUAUAGGGUCUUCACUCAUUGGGACAGCGAGCUCAGACCUCGACUUCGCGAUUUAUAGCAGCGAGUGGUACAAAGCUGAUGUGGAGUUUAGGAAUGCGGCCCAGAUGUUGAUGGUAAGAACAAAAAGGAAUGCUAACCUCACUGCCUUAGGGAUGUACACAGUGAAUCUGGAAACCUUGGAAGCAAUUUUACAGUUCACCUACUCUGCCACUGCUUUGACAAUGGGUAAACUUUAAUAAACAUAAUGUUGUAACCAUUUCUGAACCUUUUUUCAAAGCAAAGUACUUGUUCAUUAAUGAUUGUUAAAAAAUAGCUAUCAAGUAAUGUCUUAUGAAUGAGUGAUUUGAUGAGUGAAAAAAAUAUAAAACUAAAUUGUUAUAAUGAAAUGUUUUUAUAUGUAUAGUAAUCAAAAAUAUUA